AUGCUGCUCCCGCUCUCGAUAUCAAAACGGCCCCUGGCGCAUCGAUUGUUCCAAACCACUUGGAGAACAGCCAAAGCCUUCAAGUCCACCACCCCGGAGAAUGUAGCUGGAAUCCUCCGCUGGGAGCCUUCAGAACCAGUCUCCGGAGUGGAAAUCAACGGCUACGUGCGAUCAGUGAGGGCUCAGAAAAAGCACCACUUCGUGUCGUUGGGUGAUGGCACGACAAUCAACUCUCUACAGGCCGUAGUGCCUGCUGACCAGGCUGAAGGUCUGACCAUUGGAUCUGCCGUCCGACUACAUGGAUCUUGGGUUCCUUCCCGUGGCCAAGGGCAGAGUCAUGAGUUGCAGGUGCAACGCGCAGAAGUCCUCGGAGCAUCGGAUGCCAAGACGUUCCCUCUUCAGAAGAAGUACCAGACUCCGGAAUACCUGCGUACCAUUCCUCACAUGCGACCUCGGAUUCCUUUUAACACAUCUCUCUUGCGGUUUCGCUCCGAGGUCAUUUCAUCUCUCACUCGCUUUUUCAAUAGCCGCGAAUUCGUUCAAACGCACACUCCAAUCCUUACUGCGUCUGACUGCGAAGGCGCUGGUGAGGUGUUCAACGUCUCAAGUGGCGAUGAAAAACCUCGAUCAGUAGAUGAGACAUCAAAGUCCUUCUUUCGUCGCCCAGUCUACAUGACAGUCUCGGCGCAGUUGCACCUAGAAGCUCUAGCCCAGGCUCUUGGUAAUGUCUGGACGCUUUCCCCGACAUUUCGGGCAGAGCAGAGCGACACACCACGUCAUCUCAGCGAAUUCUAUAUGCUGGAGGCAGAGAUGAGCUUCACCAGUGAUAUGGAUUCCAUUAUGGAUCUGGUCGAAGACAUGCUAAGGCAUGUUGCGACCGACUUGUCCGAGACCCGGAUAGUUCAGGAGUUAUCUGCGAGGAGCACUGAGGGGCUAUCUGACAUGGCUUCUGUGGACCAAGUUCAGAGGCGUUGGAAAGGCAUUAUGCGGGAGAAGUGGCCCCGUAUCACUUAUACAGAGGCGAUCGACAUUUUAACUGCCUCGAAGGAACGCUUCGAACAGCAGCCUGUUUGGGGUCAAGACCUUCGCACAGAGCAUGAGCGAUUCCUAGCGAUGCAUGUCGGCAAGGGCGAAACACCCGUAUUCGUGACGAACUAUCCCCGAGCCAUCAAAGCAUUUUAUAUGAAGACGGUUAAUGAUGAUCUCGGGACGGCUGUCCCAGGUGAAACCGUCGAAUGCUUCGAUCUACUAGUACCGGAUUUCUGCGAAAUUGCGGGAGGGUCUAUGCGUGAGCAUCGCCUGGAAACUCUGAUGGAUUCUAUGCGACUUCAUGGCAUAGACGCAAGCGCAGAAAAGAUCACGAGUAGUGGGCAACCAACCGUCUCGAACAACAAUCUCGACUGGUAUCUAGAUCUCCGGCGUUGGGGUUGCCCACCUCACGGCGGCUUUGGGCUUGGAUUUGACAGGUUGAUCUGCUAUCUGUCCGGUAUUCAGACUAUUCGAGACACUACAGCAUUUCCCCGUUGGUAUGGCCGGUGUGAUUGCUAG